AUGGGCUGCUGCAGUGCUACAUCUUGUAAAACUAAUACAAAAACACCUUUAACUUCAAUAAGUUUAAGAGAGUACCCCAGAAAGACCAUUCUCAGUAUAAAGUCAAGAGCUCAGAAUUCCAUUAAAAAAUCUAAAUUAUGCCAAUAUAUAUAAAUAAAUUUUUUAUAUAAAAAUAUAUAAUAAAUCUUAAAUUAAUAUAAUUAAGCAUAGAUGAUGUAGAAUUUGAUCUCACAAAUCCAGUUUUCGCAUAUUCAAAGCGCUUUAAUCUAGGCGAUAAAACAUUUUGAGCUUCUGCCUGCGUCAUUCCAGGGUUUGAUCCUAAAGGUGAAAUCCCUAAAACCUGCCAAGACUACUCUUCAUUUUUGAAAGAUGACAAAAGCGCUUUACUAGUCCUUUUCGACGGACACGGACCUGAAGGCGAAAAAGUUGUGGAGCGCUGCGGAGAAAUUGUUGAGGAAUUUUUCUCAACAAGAAAAGCAGAAUUUGAGGUAAAAUGAAUAUAGGAAGACCCAUCAAGCUUUUUAAAUGAGCUUACCAAAAGUUGUGAUGACGAAGUCCUUGGGUCAACUAAAUUUGAUUCUUAUUAUUCAGGCUGCACAGAAGUCUUAGUUUAUUUCCACGGAAAUAAUAUACAUUGUGCUAGCCUUGGUGACUCAAGAGCUAUAAUUGCAACGACUGAGCCGCCUGAAGUAAUGCCUGCACCUACUGCUGCAUGAGGAGAGGACAAAAAAGUGUUGGACGAAGUGAGGAAGAGAAGAAACAGCGUGGUAAAUCCGGAAAUCAAAGCAAUCCAGCUUACAAAAGACCAGAAGCCAGAAGACCCAGAAGAACUGAUGAGAAUUAUUAAAAGUGGAGGAAGAGUCCAAAGGACAGUUGACGAGAACGGCAAUAGAAUUGGACCAUUCAGAGUAUGAGAACUCAAUGUAAACGCCCCAGGCUUAGCCAUGAGCAGGUCUAUAGGAGAUGGCAUGGGCACCAGGGUUGGCGUCAUUGCAAAGCCAAUAUGCACAGAAUACCAGCUUAAAGGAGAAUCUGACUAUUUUAUAGUAGUCGCGUCUGAUGGGGUUUGAGAUGUACUUGAUAACCAAGAUGUAGUCAAUUUUGUGGAGUAUUAUAGAAAUAAAUGCAGGAGGGAAAUAGAAGUAGUGUCAAAUGAGGAAAAAGUCACACAGGAAAACGCGUGUAUUGCACAGCUCCUGUGUGAAGAAGCAAGAGUUAGAUGGUUUUCUAUUGUAGAAGAAGAGGAUGUGCUGAUUGAUGAUAUUUCGUGUGUGAUUUUAGAAAUAAAUGAAAGCCAGUUCUUUAUUGGACAAAGUGAUAUGAAUAAGCGGCCGAAUUUAGAGCCUUCAAUUAGUCAUAUAGAAAUGCAUGAGCAUAGGACACCAUCUUUAGAUGAUGUAAUUUUGAGAGACCCAAGAAGAAGCUCUGUUGUAGGAAAGGAUGAAGAUUUAUUAAAAGAAUAA